AUGCCAGUCAGGAAUAAUGAGGAGCGUAUAGCCCAUAAUUCCCUGCCACUGCUCCUCUGUCUGGUCACAUUACCGUGCGCUAUUGCCGUCUGGUUCGGUGCUGUUUCUAAUCAAGUCCGCGAGCCAUAUCUUGAUGAGGUCUUCCAUGUUGGUCAAGUCCAGCAAUACUGCAAUGGCAACUACUGGCAUUGGGAUGCAAAGAUAACAACUCCUCCUGGCCUCUACCUUCUAUCCGUCCUUUUCUACAAAAUUACUGGACGCUGCGAUCUGGACGCUCUGAGAGCUGUUAACGCUCUUUGCUUGUUCGCCAUCUUCUUCUUUCUUCUGCACACUGCUCCUCCAGUUUCGCCGCGGUCUUCUAAGCAAUUGCCAUCCCAAAAGUCUACUCUUUUCCUUCCCUCGACCACUCUAUGUCCUCAACAGAUCCAUUCCGCUCUCAAUAUCUGUUUGUUCCCACCUUUGUUCUUCUUUUGCGCUCUUUACUACACCGAUGUCGCGUCCACACUGAGUGUCUUGCUGUUCGUAAGACACCUUCUGGAAACUAACUCUCGCGGCCCUUGCACCUUCCUCCAGGCUUGCGCAUCUGUUGUCUUGGCCCUCAUCUCCCUCUCGUUCCGUCAAACCAACAUCUUCUGGGUCGGCGUGUUUCCUAUCGCUCUGCUUGGACUCAGCGCUCUGCACACCGAUGUUGAGGCCAAUAGACCACGCACAGGCAAGGCUGUUGUUUUGCAAGCAUGGGCAAACGGCACUUUCUACGACCCUCAAAUGCGUGACUCUAUACUGGAUGACUUCUGGCUAACCUGCAUGUCCGUAGUGACUUUGGCUCUGCGUGCUCUGUACUUUCCUCGUACACUGAUUCGAAUUGCACGUCUCGUGUGGCCUUAUGUCCUUGUACUCGGACUCUUCGGUUCUUUCGUUCUCUGGAACGGCGGAGUCGUACUCGGUGACAAGUCGAAUCACGUUGCGACAUUACAUCUGCCUCAGAUGCUAUACAUCUGGGCAUAUACCAGCUUCUUUUCUUUCGGUCUAACAUACCCAUUCUUCGCGCAAGGACUGCUUGCCGUUUUCGCAACCGUUCCGCUCGUGGCCGUCUUGGAGCCACUGUUGAUCUUCAGCAGACGCAAGUUUUUGCCCCGACCUGCUGUUCUCGUCGGCUUCGUCUUGGUUAUCGCAGUGACUGUCAAGUACAACACCAUUGUACAUCCCUUCACCCUCGCCGACAACAGACACUUUACCUUUUAUGUCUUCCGCUACCUACUCGCACACCCCAUCAUCAAAUACCUCGCCAUCCCAAUCUACAUGUCCUGCGCCUGGUCCGUCCUCCAAGCCCUAGGCGCGCCAGCCCAAGUCUUUCAAAUCAAAGAAGACGAAAAAGACGACGGCAAAGGCCUCGCAUCCCAAAAGGAUCCCUCCGAGUCCAAACUCUCCAGAUCCUCAAACUCCGACCAACGCCAACUGCUCCGCCUCAACGAUGCUUCCUUUGGCGAAGGCAGCGCCAUAAGUUUCGUCCUCAUCUGGCUCCUCGUCUCCGCUCUCCAACUCAUCACCGCUCCCCUUGUCGAACCCCGCUACUUCAUCCUCCCCUGGAUCAUGUGGCGACUUCGUGUUCCUCAAGCCCAUCCAGGCGCUUCCCUCAUCACCAGACCCACGCACAAGAAUUGGAAACAAUGGUGGGAUAAAGAGAGGCAGAGACGGGACAUUGAUCAUCAGAGUUGGGCGAAUUGGCUCUAUGUGGUGCUGUGGGCUGAGCAUGAUCAUCGAUUGUAUUUGGAGACGCUGUGGUUUGGUAUCAUUAAUACUGGUGUUGGAUAUAUCUUUUUGAAUUGGGGCUUUGAGUGGCCGCAGGAGCCUGGAAAGACGCAGAGGUUCAUGUGGUGA